UAAAAAAAGGUUACCCUUUUACAAGUGUAAACAAGUUUUAAAAUAGUAUGAAUGUUGAAGUCGAGAGGACGCUUUCAGAAAAUGUCAUUUUGCAUACAUUUGGAAAUGUGGUGUUUCUAGCGCUUCACAUUCAAAACAUUGUAUAUGUGCAUGCUAAUGGAUCGAUAAAAGAGACUAAUCAUCGAAUCCGUGGAGAGGAUAGUUUUGGUGGUAGAGUUAAAGGUGGUGGGACGUGGUUGAACCUAAAGAGGAUAGAAUUAAGCGUCAUUUCGCCGCUUUAAUACCGGCGAUUAACGAUGUAGUUAACAGUAUAGUUAUGCCGAAAAAAGGUAUGAAACAUGUGAAGGACUAUCACAAAGGUGAUUCAACAAAUUCGGAUAUCAAACCGAAAUAUUUUCGCAGUAUUAAUAUAGGUGUUACGAAUGGAAAGAGAUGGCUUUCGCUCAAGAAGCGUUUAGGAUUGUUGACAGAUGAAGAUCUUGCUGUUUAUCUGCUAGACUUGGCAGAAUCAUUUGCCAGGCGAGAUGGCAAAUGCAACGAAGAGAGUUCUUGGAAAACAAAUCACAAUAAGGAGAAUGACUUGAGUGUAACUAGAAAUGAUAUUUCACUAACACAAGAGGAGGAACCACUACGUCGUAGUCCAAGGAAACAAGGAAAUGAAGCUUCGGAUCCUGAGGUGCCUUCUAUCAAAACAAUACAAUCGCUUCAGCCAACUGUUCUACUCGACGAUGUUUUUAAGCUACACCUGAGACGAAGUUUAAGAACAAAACAUCAUAAGAGUAAAGAUAAACAUAAAGAAAAGCGUAAAAAGAAAAAACAUUCGAAAAAUGCUGGCGAUGACGACAACAAAUUUGAAUCGAAUGAACAAUCUUCAGAUAUUUCGCAAAAUGAGAAAAAGGUUUCUAUAGUGGAUACGAAAACAUCAUUCAGUGUUUCCGACAGUAAUUCUAAUAUAGACGCAGAAGUAGCUGACGCUAGUAAGACUGAAGUAUCAAAAUUAAAAGAAGUAUUUGUAAAAGAUGUAAAUAGCGAAAAUAGUUUGUCUAAUAAUAAAGAGAAAAUUAGUAAAGUGCGCGAGGAUGAACAGAAACACAAUUCAAAAUCAAAUAAAGAGGAAGAGAUUAAUGUUACCGAACAUUCGAGUUUAUAUCAAGAAGAAAUUUCCAAAAAUAUUGAAGAUUCGAGUCUAGUUAAAACUGUAAAUGACUCAGAGUCUUUAAAAUCAGAAAAUAAUCAGAAAAAAAAUAUUCAGCAUGAAGGAGUUGAGGAAAGUUCUGAAUUGGUGACGACAAGUGUUUCAAAGGACUCGGACGAUAAGAAAUUGAAAAAGAAACGCAAAAAGUUAAAAAAUGACAGUGAACCGAAUAAAAGUAUAAUGACUCAAUUAUUGGGAGAUUCUAGUGAAGAGUUAAUGCACAAGCAUCGUAAACGAAAGCACAAACUCGUGCCAAAUGAGCACAAGAAUAAAAAACUUCAUGAUGUUCGAAAAGCUCCACAAGAUGGAAUAAUUAUUAGUGAAAAGACUAAGGAAUCAGAAUUAAUCACAGAAAGCUCAGUUAUCAUGCCUUCUGAAACGCUUCCCAAUGAACAAUUAUCAGAAAAUAUGUCUACUGAGCCACAAAGAUUAGCGAUUACUAUCAAACUCUGUCAAGAUUGCAAUAGCAGACAUUUACAAGACGCUUGCCCUUUAACACUACCACAAUAUGUUGUUCAUGAUUCAAUUACUUAUGAUAAUUGGUUGAGUAAACAUCAAGAUAAUCAUGAAGUUAUGAAGACUGUUAAUGCCGAUGAUCCCAUGUCUGAAGGCUAUGGAAAAAUAACAGAUGAUGGUUUUGAUUCAGAUGAAGAUUCCGCUUCACCUGAACAGUGUAAAUCAAAAAACAAAGAAACGGAGGAAAAACAAUUGCAAGUAGAUGACGAUAAACCUUUAUAUUCGCGAGAAUCGAUACCGGAUUGUUUUGAAUUGAAACCGACAAAUUCUGAACAUGGAUUGGGAGUUUAUGCUAAAAGUGAAGUUCCAAUUUUUGCACAACUGGGUCCUCUUGUCGGCAGACCAGUCAAGGAAAUGGACAUACCAGACGAUUUUUCUAUGCGUCACAUUUGGGAGAUUGAAGAUGCUGGCAAAAUUUCUUAUAUAAGUACCACAAACCCAUUGAAAAGUAAUUGGAUUCGUUACAUUAGACCAUCUGAAUCCAAAGGGGAAAGAAAUAUAACGGUUAUUACUAAACGGGGUGAAUUACAUUUAGUUACAACUCAAAAUAUUACACCUGGAAUGGAGUUAACGUACUGGGCUGAUUCGCAAUCUACAACUUGGACGAGGAAGAACAAAAUAGAUAAAACAAAUUGCGGUGGAUGUAAUUUGAACUUUGCACAUUCAAUCUAUUAUCGUCUUCAUUGCUGCAUUUUUCACGAUACUAAUUAUAGUCUUACCAUUAGGAAAUAUCAUUGCAAAGUAUGUGGCGCUGCUGUUUUGGGCAAAGAUAAUAUUAUGAAACAUGCAGCUGAACUUCAUGCAGGUCGUGGUGCCUACCAAUGUCAGUAUUGUAAGAAAUUUUUUUUAAGAUUAAACUAUCUUGAAAUGCAUAGGACAUAUGGAUGUUCCCAGAAUCCACAACGUUCACGACCAUUGUGUGACUUUUGCGGACGGAAAUUUUGUCAACCACAAAAGUUGAAAGUACACAUAAAAAGAAUGCAUAAUGAUAUGUCUGAAGUACUUAGAGAAUUUCAGUGCAAAAUAUGUUUGAAAUUGCUAGGAUCUCGUGCUGCUCUUCAACGUCACAUGAAAGAAGUUCAUCACAAAGAUGUUGUAGGAGCAGCAACUUGUGAUCGAUGUGGAAAAAUGUUUCAAAAUAAAAGUAACUUAAAAAUUCACAUGCUGACUCACAGUGGAGUAAAGCCAUUUAAAUGUAAAGAAAGUAGUUGUAAAGCUGCCUUCACUACAAAACAGUGUUUACAAUUUCACUACAAGAAAGUUCAUGGUCUUACGGAAGAAAUGAUGCCUAAAAUUGAACGAUCAGUAGCAUACACUUUUGAUGCGUACAGUGGUGGUAUAAUAGAAGACAAUGAAGGAGCAAAGUCGCCAAGAAUAAAUAGAACCAGUUCUCAGGAUAAUAGUAAUAGUUUACCUUCAUUGGACGAGUGUACUUCAGAGAACAGUUUAAAAAUGGAAACUAGCCAAAAUAUUUCUCAAUCGACCUCAGUGGAAUUUUCGAAUGAAAAUAGUGAUAUUACAUUAAAAAUAGAUCGUGAAGUCACAUCCUCUCCUCAACAAUCAGUGCCAAUACCAAAUUCCAUGGAGUCUUCAUUCGAGAAUAUUCGACCGGAAAUUGAUCCUUAUGGAACCUCGAGAAUACAAAGUAAAGGCAGCAAAAAAUGGAUGGGCGAAUAUAAUCCACCGAUUACAAUAGAUAUGCCUAACUCCCAUUUAUCCGAAUCAACUAUCACGCACGAUGUUUAUGAAUUUGAAGAUAACCGAAAGGAAGAAGAAGAGGAGGAUGAGGAUGAAAUUAUUUCUCCUUCUCAGGAUAUCAUGACUGGGAAUAAGUUGGGAAUGGGAAUAUACAGACGUACGGAAAGUGCUAGUCUUUUGGUAGAAGCAGCACUGGACGCUGCUGAACGAGAUAUUGGUGCAGUUUCUAGUCCCAUUCUCGACGAUACUGAUCGCGAUACAAAUUUGUACUCAAUAUCAAAUCAUUUACAAUCGCCAUUGCCGUCAAGGUCGCCCGAUCCUCAUCUCAAUUCGUAUGUUCAACAUCAAGAUAAUAUUAUAUCUCCAUCGCCAACAUCGGAAAAUAGACACUCGCCUCCAAAUCAUUUACACGUAGAUUAUCAUGUCCAUCGACCCAUGGAAUACAUGACUGUAACUAGAUCUCAUAAUAUCGAGCAAUAUAUACACCAUGAAGAUUUACCUCGUGUCAGUUCGCCAAAUGCUUAUAUUCAUAUACAACAAGACGAUCUAACCUCACCUUCGACAACUCCAAAUCCUCGUUACCAAGACAUACAUCAUCAUCACCAUCAUCAAGUGCCAACAGACAAUUUGUCAAGUGAUGAAGGAGAUUCUGUUGCUCAAAAUUUAAGUUUGUCUGUGAAAGAAAAAUCAUUACAAUUAGAUUUGUCAGCGACCUAUAAAUACGAUACACUUGAUUCAGAUUUUGGUAGAGAACGUUCAAAUUUUGAACCAAUCCUUCUCAAUAGUGGAGAAUUACAGGGUUUGGAUAUGUCGGCUAGAGGAUAUCAUCAUAACUUUGGUUCACAGGUACAAAAUUCAAGGUAUCAUCAUCUUCAUUUAUAUGAUAUUUCAGAGCGUCAGAGUGUCGACCUCAGUCGAACGGGAAAUUAUUCAUUAUCUCCACCACCGCCUCCUUAUCCACAUAGUGACGUUCUGAGGGUAGUAAGUUUAGAUUUAACACCCGGAGGUAGACACAGUGCGGAUGUAAGUCUUUCGCGAACUCAUCAUUUACAUGGACCUGGUUCUCGAAUGAUUGCAAGUCCACAACCGCCUGGUUCAUCUACACCACACGUGGUACCUGAUGCUGUUGAGAGCCGAAUUCUUUCUCCACCUCCUCCUCCCUUAUCAGGAUAUAAUUCAACUUAUUCUGUAAAUCCUGCACCUUAUCAUCCACCUCGAUCCGGUUAUCAUCAUUAUUCUGGGUACUAUUAAUUAAAGUAUUAUUAUAUUUAUUUCGAAAAUUAUUUUUUCUAUUCUGAACAAAAAACUUUAUUGGGAAUGUUGCAAGUUUUGUUUAACUAAAUUUUCUCUCUUUUAUAUUCAGUAUUGACGUUAUAUUAUAUUAUCUUUAAUAAUCAUAUAUUAAAAUAUAUUUUUAAAAAAUAUUGAAAGAAAAUAAAUCGUUGCCAAUCUGUACUACAUUAACGUUCUUUAAAAGCACGUCAUUUUUAUGAAUUUCGGUUGUCAUAAAAACAAAACUUUUUAAUAAAAAUCAAAGUUCAAUAAAUAUUUUCAAGAUGGCAGUAUCUUUUGAAUAAUAAGUUGCAGGCAUAAAUUCUAUCUGCAACGGAAAAAGUGCAGCAUGUGUGGUUUAAGUUGAAAGAGGAUAAUGAAAAAGGUAUUUAACAAUAGUACUUUUGUUUAGUUAUAGAUUAUAAACAAUGUAAAUAUUUUUCUUUAGCAAAACUUAUUCGCCUAUUUUAAUUGAAUUAUUAUGCAUUCUGUGUUAAAAAAUACACUUGCCAUAUUUUGUUAUAAGUAAACAUUAAUUAAUUAUAGGUUCAUAAAAUGCAAAUUUUCCUUAUAUGAUUUAUCUCUAAAAUCAAUUUUAAUAAAAAUGUCAUAUACCGCAGUUAUAAUAUUGUAGGACAGAGUAGCUUAAUAAAUUUAUUGUUUUUAAAGCAUCUACAAAAAACAUAUUAGAAAAUAAAUAUUAAUUAAUACCAAGAAGUAAGAAAAAGUUACGUUCUAAAAAUUUUUAUUUUUAAAUUGGAAGUGCUCUUUGGAAUAUCUGGAAGCAAACGGUCGCCCGAAUCUAUUUUCAUCCGAAAAGUACUUUUUUAAUGGUUCAUUAAUCUGAAUCAGUGAAAUUUUCACUGAUUCAGAUUUCGAGUGUAACUGUAUUUUUCCAAUAACGUUAUUUUUGUUGUAAUAGUUGUAUAAAUUACAAUUUUAUAUUAAUUAAUUUUAUAACGUUACGUAACCAAGUUUACUGCUAAUUAGGAUUCGAUUCCCAGCCGAUACAAUUUUUUCAUUUUUUCAAUAUUUUAAGAUUUAGUUUUCAUAAAUUUUAAAUUUAAUACUUAUUUUUCUAACAGUGUUUCUCAUACAGGAGAAAUAUUUUUAAUGAAAACUGAAAUUGAAUAAGUUUCACAUUUUGUUUUUAAUCGUACAUAUGAAAGAUUUUCUUCACAAAAAGAAGAAAGGCCGUGGAGGUGUAAACGAAACUUUUUCUUAUUUACUGGUGGAAAGAAUGAGUGCAUUUUUAAAUAUUCCAUAAACUGGUUAUGAUAUGCAGUAAAAUAACCCUAACACUACCAGGAUAUUCUGCAGACCUCUUGAGAAUAUUCAUAAAUUAUAUCCUUAGGAUAUCCCAGGGACGUCUUGGAAUAUUUUAAGGAUAUUCUAAUUUCCGGAUAUGACAAGGAUGCCUGUAGGAUUUCCUGUAAUAUCUGUUGCUGUUAGAGAACAUUUCUGACUGUAACCCCGCUGGAAGCCUAUACUUUAAAGUGGUACUUAUUUUGGUAAAGUUAAAAAAUCUUCAGUCACCACCUGAAAAAUUAAUCAAGGUAAUAAAAAAAACUUUUGGAUAUUUAUGUCUUUUAGAAGUUCAAAAGUCGUAUUUUAGACGUGUUUUGAACAUCUUUUGAACCAUACAUAGAUUGUAUUUUACUUGUAUUUUUUAUGACUCCGAGACAUUACUAUUAGUGUACCCGGAUUCCAAAAACUUUUAUUUUUAACCAUUUUCUAAGUCCUACUUGAACUUAGAAAAUAAUAUUUUACUUUAUAAAAAUUUUUCUAUUUUCAAAGUUUGGAAGAAAAAGAUAUCUUUCAGACAUCUUAAAAACAUCCAAUGCACAAGUCAAGGUUCAGAAGACAUCAUAGGUCACAGCCAGAAAUUUCACUUUUUUCCCUUAGAAAUACUAUCUGAGCAAUAUUGUAAAAUUUGUGGUUUUUUGGAAAAUUAUUAACAAUAGAUUAAAAUAAAUUUAACCUUUUAAAUAUUUUAUUUAUUAUAUAAAACUUAUUUUCAUAAAUACCUGUUAGAUUCCAACUCGACCCUAGCGUAGGAUUUAAUCAUUUUAAAGUCACAGAAGAUUCAUCAUUAAACGAAGCUAAAAUGUCAUCUAUUAUUGUAAAGAAUUUAAAAGUUGCAUUUUUUUGAAUGCACGAAUUUACUCCGUAAUUUUAUUCUAUAAUGAAACAAAAGAAAUAUCAAAAUUUAUAAUUUUAAAUUGUCCUAAAAAUUUUCAAACGCGCAUUCAACAGAAUAAGGAGUAAAAUAAAUUUGAAGGAAUAUUUAUUUCAAUGAAUUGACUCGUCACCAGUCAGAAAAGUGCAUUCGAAAGAAAUCGACAAACUAGAGAAACAAGUAAAAAUUUGUAUUUCAUUGGAUAUAUUCUAAACAUAUAUUCUAUAUAUAAUAAUACGUUCUAAAAACAUGAUUGGUUAUAAUAUGAAUCUUCAGCUUUAGUUACUAAAAAUGCUAAAAAUUGUCUAUUUUUAUGACACUACUUAAUGAAGAUACAUAUUUAAUGCUCAUUUCUUCUUCACUUUAGAAUAAGAUUUUACUUUCUUGUAUAAAAGUAUGUAAAUAAGUAAUUAUUGUGUUAAAUAAGGUCGUACAAAAAAUUAAGGUUAGAUUUAUAACCUUAUGUUAAACAUUGAAUACAUGAAAAAUUCUUCCACUAAAUGUAAGACAAUUUUAUUUAGUCUCGUGAGAAAUACGCGUUUUUCAACCAUAUUUCCUUUUAAAACGCUUUUGAAAAUUUGACGCUGACAACUGGUUGGAAUAGACACUUUAAAUUUAGUCGUUGAACUUUCUCUUAUCUUCCUUUAAAUUGUCUACCUACACAUAGAAAAUUUAUUCCUUUGCAUUUUACUGAAUUUUUCAAUAAAGUUGGCAUAUUCCUUUUAGGGCAGACAAUUUGUUGGAAAAAACGUUGUUUUUAAAAAUUUUUAUUGAAAGUAUUGAGUGAGAAGAAAUUUGUAAAACCAUGAAAUAUCUCUUAAAUUCAGUUGAAACUAUUUACUAGGAAAUAAUUUGGAAUUUUAAAAAUCUAAAUUCAGAUUCGUAAUCAGCGACCCUGAAAACCUCGGAGUAAGAAAUAUUAAUCGACUCCGAUAAAUUUUUAAAAAAUAUUCCCUCAUAUUAGACCCGCCAUUUUGAAUUUUUAAAAGCUUACUUUAGAUUCGUAAUCAACAACCCCGAAAA